AUGUGGGGGAGCCGUUCCACACAAUUCCGGAGUCUAUGGGCUCAGAGGUUUGCCUCUGGGCACAAAGCCCUGUUCAGUCGAUCUACCUAUUCAACUGCUCCAACUACAGGGAAGACAGAUUUUCGUGAAGGGACUGAAAUACAAGGCUUUGUUGUACAACAACAAGAAGAAGUACCUGAAUUUAAUAUUAAAGCAAUUCGUUUAACUCACAGUUUAACUGGUGCUGAUUACCUACAUCUUUUGCGCAAUGAUAACAAUAAUGCUUUCUGUGUGGGCUUUCGUACUACACCUUUUGAUUCAACUGGGCUUCCUCAUAUCUUGGAACACACAACCCUGUGUGGUAGUGUUGGAUACCCUUGUAGAGAUCCCUUUUUUAAGAUGCUGAAUCGCUCAAUGGCAACUUUUAUGAAUGCAUUAACUGGCCCAGAUUAUACUAUGUAUCCAUUUGCUACUCAAAACGCACGUGACUAUAAGAAUCUUAUGUCGGUAUACCUUGAUGCUGUUUUCAAACCACGUUUACGGGAAAUUGAUUUUCGCCAAGAGGGUUGGCGUUUGGAACAUGAAGAGGUCACCAAUGCAAAAUCUCCCAUUAUUUUUAAAGGUGUUGUUUUUAAUGAAAUGAAAGGUGUUUUCUCUGACCCGCAAUCUGUUUUUGGCCAAGCAUUGUUAAACACCAUUCUGCCUAGUCACACCUAUGGGUAUGUUUCAGGAGGAGAUCCUAAGAAAAUACCUCUUUUGACUUAUAAAGAUUUGAAAGCAUUUCAUAAGCGAUAUUACAAUCCCAACAAUUCAAGAUUUUAUUCUUAUGGAAAUUUUCCUCUGGCUGAUCAUCUGAAAUAUAUUAAUGAGAAUUACCUUAGUAAUGUUGAUGUCAAGGAACUCCCUGAUUCAAAUAGUUUAAAAGUGCCAUUGGAAAAGAGAUGGUCAUCUCCUCAACAGAAAAAUAUUUCUUGUAGGUUUGAUCCUAUGGCAGCGAAUCCUAAGAAGCAAUCAACCAUUGCAAUUAGUGUUUUGCUUGAUGAUAUUAGAAAUCUGGAGAGUGGAUUUGAUUGGAAUAUUUUGUCAGAACUGUUGGUGAGUGGUCCCAAUUCAUCGUUUUACAAAGCUCUGGUGGAGCCUCAGAUCGGUGCAGGGUUUUCACCCUCCACUGGAUUUGAAUCCCAAACCCGAGAUACUUUUUUCUCAGUGGGUCUUCAAGGAGUAGCUCAAGAGGAUUUUGGCAGGGUUGUAGAGAUAUAUGAUAAAACUGUGGACGAUAUAAUCCAGAAAGGAUUUGAACCAUCGCUGGUGGAUGCUGUUCUGCAUGGUAUUGAACUGAGUAUAAAACAUGAAGUAUCAAAUUUUGGUUUGGGAAUGCUGUUUGCUCUUAAUCCCUUGUGGUUGCAUGGAGGAGAUCUUAUGAAAGCCUUAAGAGUGAAUGAUCAACUUAUCAAUUUCAAGGAGCAAAUGCAGAAGAAUCCUAGACAUCUUCAAGAGAUUGUGGAACGCCAACUUAAGGGCAAUGCUCACAAAUUGAUUCUAACAAUGAGCCCUGAUGAGGGAUAUGAAGAGCGACUCAUGGAACAAGAAAAAGAAUUGCUGAAUAGUAAACUGUUAGAGCUCUCUAAAGAAGACAAGAAAGAGUUGUUUGCUAAGGGUUUGCAACUAGCAGCAGAGCAAGCGUUGCAACAUGAUGCUUCUUGUCUGCCUACACUUAGAGUAAAUGAUCUUAAUAAAGAUGUUGAAGUAACUUCCCUAAAAGAUGUGAUGAUAAAAUCGGUUCCACUUCAGUGUUCUGCUCAGCCAACAAAUGGGAUUGUAUAUUUUAGGGGAAUUCUUAAUGCAAGUCAUCUGAAUGCUGAACAAAAAAGUUUAUUGCCCCUGUUUGCCAAUGUUGUUGCCAAGAUGGGAACUAAGAAACACUCUUAUCGAGAAAUGGAUCAGAGAAUUAAUUUAAGUACUGGUGGAAUUUCUUUUACUCCACAUUUAAGAGAAAAUUUAAGUGACCCAAGUACACAUGAACAAGGACUACUAUUCUCUUCAUAUGCUUUGGAUCGUAAUAUAGAAGAACUGUUUAACAUUCUGUCAGAAAUUUUCAACGAGCUGUCAUUAGAUGAUCUGAAGCGAUUUGAAACUCUUACCAGAAUGUCUGCAGUCCAUUUGGCUAAUAACAUUAUAGAUCGUGGCCAUUUAUAUGCUAUGCUUACUGCAGAUUCAUUGGUUAGUGGAUCUGCAUCAUUAAAAGAAACAUUUGCAGGCAUGACAAAUGUCGACACUAUUCGUCGUAUUGCUCAGUUAGAAGAUCUUUCAGGAGUCUUAGACCAAUUGAAAUCGAUGGCCAAUUUGUUACUCAAUAAAAAACAUCUUCGGUGUGCAGUAAACUAUACAGAAUUAAGUGAAUCAAAUGUUUUGAAAUCAACAGAAUCAUUUCUAAGUACCCUUCCUGGUGAAGCAUGUGAAUCUUCAGUAUUCUGUGCAGUCCCCAAAGUUGAAUGCAAUCACAAUGCUGUACACCAUGUCCUACCUAUUCCUGUCAAUUUUGCUGCUAAAGCUUUGCAGACCGUCUCUUACACCCAUAAAGACAAUGCACCACUUACUAUUCUGGCUAAACUUUUGAGCUCAAAAUAUCUUCAUCCAACAAUUCGAGAGAAAGGAGGUGCUUAUGGUUCUGGUGCUGUUCUUUCUAUGUCGGGUACGUUCUCUUAUUAUUCCUAUCGAGAUCCAAAUUCUUCUGUUACUUUGGAUGUAUUUGAUGGUUCGUAUAAAUGGCUAAGUGAAGGAAUGUUCUCUGAUGGAGACAUAGAGGAAGCGAAGUUAGGAGUGUUUCAGAAAGUUGAUUCUCCUGUAGCCCCUGGCCGGAAGGGAAUGGACCGUUUUCUUAACGGUGUGUCUGACUCCAUUCUUCAGACACGUAGGAGGAACUUGAUGGCAGUCACUAAAGAGGAUGUUCUUACAGUGGCAAAGAAGUACUUGUCUGAUGACUGUGGAUUAAAUUGCGGAAGGGCUCUGUUAGGUCCUAUAAAUACUGAUCUCCAGAAAGCACGUAAAGAAGAAUCUUGUGCAAUGCAUCUUCCAGUGGGGUAUCAAAAUGUGCGUGAAUAUUUUCGUGAUGCCAUGCGGUUCCUCUCUGAUUAUAAAUGGGUAUAUCGCUAUCCAAUGACUGGAUUAUUGGUACAUAAUGUUCUCGAUCAGAUUCCUCCAGAGUGGCAAAUUUUCCUUGAACAAAUGUCGCCCACCGAAUUAACAAUGCUAUCAAAUGGAUAUGUGCAGGCACAUUGGCCGGCUUCACUGGUUCUAUUCUUGAACAAAUGCAAAUGCCUACAAUUGGUUGAUAAAAUACAUACUGAUGAGUGGAAAUUGUCUCGAGAGCUUUGCAGAGGCCUUUCUCCAAAGAAGCAGCAUGAAGUAUCUCGAAUGAUUUCAUUGGUACAUCAGGAGUGUCAGAAGUUAGGCAUCCAUAAUAUAUUAGAUGUAGGAUCUGGGCUGGGCUACCUUGACCUUGCGCUACAUGUAGAAUUUGGUUACAAAGUUCUUGGUCUGGAACGUAACAAUACAUAUACCAUCACUGCAUCCCAGAAGGCAUCUUCUCUUUGUGCUAAUUGUGAAGCAGUAUCUUUCUAUCCUUGUGAAGUUUCUCAUACUACUUUUGAAGAAAUUGUACACGUCAUGGAGAAAAGGCCCAAUUUCAUUCGCUGCCCUGCAGAAUAUUUAGAGGUGAAUUUGUAUGGUGGUUAUGAGAAUAUGAGAAAUUAUCUAGAGGGCAUUACCCUUGCACAUCCAGGAUACAAGAAGAGAAUAUCUCUGACAGAUUGUCAAAGGUAUGUAGUUUGGAUGGUUCAUCAGGAGGGAUCAGUUAAAGAUAGUAAUAAGCCACAAUGUUUAAGUAUUCGAGUGAAACAAUUCAAUGCUCUCUUCUCAUUUUCUAAUCCAAAUGAACCUCAUCCAAAUGAGAGACAUUCCCAAGACUUGGAAGAUGUUAAGCCAUUGUUGAGCAAUAUAAAUAUCCCAGCAAGUAAAGAGAAGUUUGACAUUGAUCUGGGUAGUAUCCCAACUAAACCAAGCCAUGUUAAAUUUCAUGAAGUAUGUAUGAUUGGAUUACAUACAUGUGGUGACUUGUCUGCUGUGGCUGUUGACUUGUUCAUGCACACUCCUCAGCUGAGGCUAAUGAUAUUAGUACCGUGCUGCUAUCACAAGCUUGCCACAUUGGAAGAAAAGGAUCGUUGUGGCCCUAAUGUUGUAAAUUUUCCCCUUAGUGAAGAGUUGACCAAUGUGUUAAAGGAAGAAUUUGGUGGCUUUAAGUCCAUAAUGGAUGCUAUAGUGAGGCGCUUAGAUGGCCAGGAUGCUAAACUCGAUAAGUUGGAGGCCAGGAUCUCAAAGCUUGUGGAGAGACCAGUGUCUGGUGAAUCAUCUGUUGUGACAGCAGAGAGUAUUCUUGAGGAACUUUUGCAGAGGUUUGAAGAAUAUUUGGGUGGUUCAUUCUUACGGCUGGCUUCUCAAGAGAGUUGCAGACGUUGGCAGCACUGGACUGAGGAACAACACCAACAACAUUCGGAAAAUCUUAUGUCCCGUGCAGUGCUUGAUCUUGCUGCAGUCAAAUUGGGUCUUGUUCUUAAAAAAAAACGGCGUCGUUGUGUACGUAAAACUCAGAGAAACAACUUUGAAUCUUUCAUAGAAGAUGCAAUGGAGAGGUAUGACUUUUUAUUACCAAAUGGUGUUAUUGCUACAACUGAAAAACAUGAAGAAAUUUUAAAAGAAAUGACAACUCUUUGGCUUCAAUUUAAAAAAUUCUGUAAUUUGGCAGAAGCAGUAACUGGCUUACAAGCUGCUAUGCAAACAUCAGUAGAAAGUGUAAUUCUUAUUGAUAGGAUUACUGCUUUGCAAGAGAAGCAGAGUCAGUUGACUUUAGAUGUUGUGAAAGUUACAGAUGAAGAACUGUCUCCAAGAUGUAGGGCAUUAAUAGUCAGAAAGUAAUGGUUCCUUUCUUAGAAAAUUGUUCAUAGAUGAAGGCUUUCUGUGCUGAAGUUGAUGUUAGAAUAUUUGUUGGAGAAAUGACAUGUUCUAAUCAAUGUCCCUAACAUUUCAACCAAUGUGCUGUACCCUUUGUCAGGGCCACAACUUUUUAUGUAAGUGAAGAUCACAGCAACAUAUAAUCUAAUGUGGAGUCUACCAGAAAGCCAAGAUUACAAGACCAAGACCAGACUUUUGUAUGAAUAUCUCUUCUUAUUGUAAUUUUAAUUAAGAGUGUUAAUGUCUGUUACAUUAAUUUUUUUACUGAAUAUCAUCUCAUGUGUCAUUAUAUUUUUAAUAUGGUACUAAUGUUAAAAUAGUUAUUUAUGGAAUAGAAAUUUGAUUGUAUCUUUGAGAUUGUUUAGAUGUACACCUGGGUGUAAACACUUUCAGUGUUUACUAGAAAAAAUAUUCAAAUGGUAAAAUUGAGAAAACAGUUUUCUAAUUAACCUCUUUGGAAAAUUGUGUGUGGAGAAGAUGGUGUACUUACUGAUAUUUUACUUCUAGAAAUGCAAUUUCCUUUGAAGCAAUUGAUAUAUAUUACUUGUUUCUUCGUUUGUUUGAGAACUCUGAAGCUAAUGACAUUUGGAAGAACAUUUUGAACAUUUUUCGUUCAGAAUAAGUUUUAAUAUAAAUGUCUACAUUGUGUGUUUUUAAUUGAAAAGUUCAUGUUGGACACUGUUUAAGAAAGAAUUUCUGCUGUGCAGAUUAUCUGUUGUUGUACUAUACUCUUAUUAAUUUUGUUAGUAUGGUUAAUGAUAAUUUAUGUAAGGUAAUUUUAAUGUGUGUUUUUUAUUAAUAUGUUGUGAAUGAUGUAGUAUAGAAUUAAUGAGCUAGGUAUUAAUUGUUUUGAGAGAUGUAAAAACUGAAUCUAAGAACAGGUUUUGUUAAAAAAAGAAAAAAACUUGAUAAUAAUGUAAAGUGAAGUCAUAUUGUUCAGGAAUGUAGUAUGAUACAAACAGGCCAUUAAAGAUUUUCAAUAAAUUUUUAGAACUCAUUCCAUGUACUGGUCAAUAAACGUUGUUAGUAUUUUGAAAAAUUCAUGUGAGUAAGAUCGUAACACUUUGUUAUGUAAUCAUACAUUUAUGAAUGCUUACUUGCUUAGAAAAUCAAAGAAUGUUUUUUCGAACAAUUAAUCAUUUACAGUAUUCUAGAAUAAGACUAAUAAUAAGUUUACUUUGUUUCAUUAUCAAUAGACACUUCCCAUAUAAUAUUUCAAUGAUACUUUAAAGUUGGUUAGAAAAAUAUUAAGUAUCUAAAUGUGAAGUAGAGAAAUCAAUUUUUGUUACAUACAUUCCUAUUAUUGGCAUUUAGUGUUAUUAAUUUUAUGUUUUAAUAAUAUGUUAUUUAUUGUUAUGAACUCUUGGACUCAUUUUAAAGAUGGUGCAAUUAAGAGAGGUGAUGGCUGCCAUAGGAGCCCUAACAUUGUGUAAGGUUGAUGUUUCACAGUACUUUGGAGAAAAUGCAUUGUUAUCUGAUAAGACAAAGGGUUGAUAGAACAAAUGAUGAAUUAUGAGCAAGAAAAUGGGAGAAUUUUAUGAAAAUCUGCUUCAGGAUUCAUUGUUCACCACAAAUACCAUGUCUUGAUUUUAUCAGCAAUCUCUUGUGGGGAACAUGAGUAGUAGUACAAUGAAUCUGUGACAUGUUACGUUGUGUUUAAUGAAAUUCUUCCUUAGGCUGAUUUUCAAUCAGUUUAUAAAUCAUCCAAUCAUCUUUAAAAGGACAUUUUAGUGUUAAUAGUAUGUAUGUUAUGUAAGUUAGUGCAUACUUUUGAUUAACAAUUUUUUAUAUCAAAAUACAGUGGACUCUUAAUAAUUUGAACUUGCAGGGAAACUUAAAAAAAAUUCAAAUUACUUAAGAAAUAAAUGUUCAAAAAUAUCAUCUUAAAUUAAUAUAUUACACAUGUGGGUGCUGCGUUGUACCUAUGUAAUUGCCAAAUUUUAAUGUUUGUUCCUUUUUCUGUUUAACAAAGCAUUUCUACUUUUUCACCAAAAUCAAUCUGUGGUCUAUGGUCUGUGCUUUGAUAGGAAGGUUGCAAAAAUGCCAAAGGAUUGAGAUUUAUUUUCUUUGAAAUCUAUAAAUAGGUGGCUUCAAAUUCUCAUCCAAAUUUUAAAAAUUUAAUUGAAUAAACAGUGUUAACAUUAAGUUAAUUGAGAAUUUUAAGCGAAAUAAACUCUGUUUAAUGAACCAGUAUUUUUUGUACACUGAACAAGUGCCAUAUAUUGAUGUGGAACUGUGUCAGAUUGACUGUUGCGGUGUGUUGACAAUUGCUCUGUGUAUCACUUGGAAAUAAAUCACAGUAAUAUGACAGCA